GGGUGGUUCUGUUUCGUUGGGCCUUUGAGCAGUUCAACAACAGCUAGCUAGCUCGCUUUCAGUAGGAGCCAAUUGAAGUAAUCUGAGCACGGCUUAAUCACCUAAUCACAUCCAUUCCCCCCUUGGCUGCGCUGUGCUUGCUGCGUGCUACGCAUGGUAUCCUUAUCCUUGCUCCUUCUCCCCACCGUUGGUACGACGUGCUACUCUACUCUGUAUGCAUAUGCAUACAAAUACUUGGUCAUUCUGCCAUCUGCCAUGUGCCACGUGCCAUGUUGAACAAUACCACACACUGGACACUGGAAAACCCUGGCGCGGCUUUUCAGUGGGAAAGGGUCGGGACGGCGCUGCGAGAUACCCAAGUCCAUGUGGGCGCCGUCAACUGUCUGAAACACCGCGAGCUCUGCUCGUCAUUGCACGUGCCGAGCUACCCCACCCUCAUGGCCAUCAACUCUCCGGGCGAGCCGGGGGGAACAGCUGAUGAUCCCGCCAAGAAAGUGCUGAAGAAGGGGACCCACUCGUUCGAAGCCGUGAUGGACUUAAUCAAAGGAGAGUUUGCGGGCGUGCUGGAAAAUGUUACGGUGCCCGAUGCUGCUGCGGUUGAGGUCGUUAAUGUUAAGGUUAAAGGUCGAGAGAAAGACCGGCGAGUGCGUGGGCAGAGGAGGGCUAGCGAGGAGAGAGGGGCGGGGGCGCCAUGUAUCCUCCGUAUUGAGGAUGCUGCCGUCAGCGUCCGGUUCGUCCUGAGGAAUGAGGUCUUCACGCAAGGGACGUCACUGGACGAGGAGCGAAUGGGCGCCCUUCUGUCGUUCUUGGAGCUUCUGGCCACCACCUUCCCCGGGAAGAUGAACCGGGUCAGCUUCCGCAGCCUGGCCACCGACCUUCGGCGAGAUCCUAGUCUCAAUGACAUCGCCAGGUGGGAUAAGCGAAUAGGAAACUUCCACAUCGGCUCUUUUGCCCCGGGCAAGCGUGACAACUGGCCGGCGGCAAACAUCGAAAGGGGCACAGAACCGGAAGUUUCCCACUACACUUCCGGCCUUUGGUCUCUCUUUCACCUGUUGAGCGUAUCGGAGGCACCUAUGAAACAAAAUCCCUACGCGGUCAUGGAGGGCAUUGCGUCCUUCGUUGACAACUUUUUCAGGUGUGAGGUUUGCCGAUCCCACUUCAUGGAGAUGUACAGCACGUGCGACAACGGGCGAUGCGACAUCCCCAAGCCAGCCAACGUUCGAGGGCAGCACACCUCGCAAGGAGAACCGGCGCUGGCCCUGUGGGUAUGGCGGGCGCACAACACUGUUAACGGUCGUCUGGCGCUCGAAGGGGACGAAGAAGUUGGACCAUACGACAGGGGCUUGUGGCCAAGCGCUAAGGCUUGCAAGCAGUGUUGGAGCGGCUUCCCCCAAGGGAAAGACAAGCCCUCUUGGAGCGAGACGGAGGUGCUAAAGCUGCUCAAGAGGACUUUCUCGUGCCCCGAGAUAGCCGGGGAGGGACCGGAUGCCUCCGGCCGCGGUUGGGCGGUGAACGGCGUCAUGCUGUGCGCGGUGGUGGCUGUGGUCAUGUGGGCGCGAAGAUGGACGGAGUUGAGGGGGGUCGGGUUAAGUAAGAAACGAGGGGACUCUGCACCCGACGUGUGA